AUGAAUACAAAACCAACAAGUUUUCUUGUCUUUAUAAAUGGAGCUAUUGAACAUGCUGAAGUAAAUGAUUUCGAUGAUCUUUAUCUUCGUUUUUCUUAUGUUAUUGGAAAAGAUUGGAAAAUAUGUUCUGGUCUUGAAGAAGGAACAACACAAAUAGCACAUAAAAGUGUUCAAAUUGGAUCAAAAAUAGUUUUUAAUUUUCCAUUGGAAGCGACAUUUCGAUCAACAAAUCCUUUUGGAUGGCCACAAUUAGUUAUAAGUGGUUAUGGUUUAGAUGUUUUUGGAAAUGAUAUUGUUCGAGGUUAUGGAACAACUCAUAUACCAAUUAGUCCAGGACGACAUCGUAUUCGAAUUCCACUUUUUGUUCCACGUUCAUCAUCUAAAUUUCAACAACUUUUAGCUUGGUUUUUUGGUCGUCGACCAGAAUUUAUUGAUCCAAAAGUUAUUGCAUUUAAUGCUGGAAGAGAAAUGACACGAGUUCGAUCUCAUGGUUAUAUUCAAGUUGUUUUUAAUGUUGUUACUAAAGAUAUAGAAGAAUUAGGAUAUAGAAUUGAAUCUAAACAUCCUUCUCAUACAUCACAACAACAAUUCGAUAAUAAUGAAACACCAUAUGUAGAUAAUUACCAUGCGUAA